AACUACAGAGCUGAGUUACGUUACGUCUCCAUGAUGGCUGCGAAAGAUGGCUGUCCAUAUCAGGUUUAGAUCAAAUCGUAUCUUUUUUAAACGGAGUCUGGUGAGUCCUCCAAAGCGCUGCCAGAGCAGACCGAGCUGUGUUUAAAGUUGGGUCUGUGCUGGGCUGAGGAGAGGAUUUAACCAGCGCUGAGUUUCAUAAAAUCUGACAACGUUUUCUCUGCAAACAUCAAAAACACGAGCAGCUGUUUUCAACUAAAGUUGGAGCUUUAACUGAGAAGUUCGGCUCACAUUAAAAUUACAAACACUAUUUUCUGUGCAAAAUGCAGAUUUGUGUCUGCAUAAGAGGUGCUUUUAUUGUGGAGGAGUCAGGCUGGAGGUAGUGUUUUGUUUGUUGUGGCCAUCCUCAAAACGCACGUGCGUGUUUGCAGGGCUGCUGCUGGGCUCUGAUUGGUCCCCUGCAGGUCUCAGCUUCGCUACGUCACGCAUGGUGAAUUUAAAGAGCUUCACUCUGAGGAAGAUCUGGGUGGAGGUGGGUGGACGACCGUCAUAAUGUGAUCAUUCUGAUGGGUUAGAUGUUUCCUGCUCCGCCCCUUUCAUGUGACUUCUUAUCCGUGAAUCCAGAUGACAGAGAUAACCGGGACACGUUUAACCUGCUUCCUGGUGCUGGGCCCAGGUUGGGUUACCAUGGCGAUGUAACCCAGAAAGAAGUGAAGCACCUUCACGUGCUCUGAUGUUACCUGGAUAAGAAGGCUUAGGUCACACUGAAGCGCCACGCCUGCAGUUCUUCCGACAGGCAGCAGAGGCAGCAGCGAGUCAGCGCUUACACCCUGAUACACAAACAUCGCACCUGUACGACCAGCCUCACCCAUUUAAAGUUUGUAUUAUUGGGGGCGUGGCCUCUGUGACUGGCAGGUGUCUCCAUGGAUACAGGAUGAUACAGGAAGAGGCUGACGUGCCUCCGUCUUUUAUGUACAGUCUGUAAACCGUCGCGCUGUGAGCGCCUGAAACGUCAAACUCAUACUACAUGCAGUGUUUCCAUAGAAACGCUGUGGGGACGUGUCACUGCGUGUUCAGAGUUUAAGCUCUGGAUGUGUGAGGAGAAGCACGUAACUGCUCCUCCUCUUCCUCCUCUCCUGUUUUUAUGAAUGAGAAUUAAACACGUACUCAUACACGGUGAUGUCAGCAGCAAGCCCCUCCCCCACCGAUGCGGGAGAAGCCUCAUGACCAGAGAGAGAGCGGCUUCCUCCUGUCUUCGGAUGUCUCUCACCCACCCGUCUCCUCUUCAGGGGGGAGAGAGAGGGCAGACAUCCCUCUCCCCCUCCUCCUCCUCCUGCAUCCUUGCUCCCUCCUAUCCUCACGAGCCUGAGGAUGAGUAAUCCAACCAGGGAGGAAGAGGGAGAGCUGCAGACGGCGUGAGGGAGGGAGGAUACCAACAUCAUCAUCAUCAGUGAACGUGCAGAGGCAGAGGAUGAAGAUUCAAACCCGUCCUGCAGGUCUCUCACUGCUGAGCGCUGUCCACCCGGAGCUGGCUAAUUCCUGGAGUGGGAGGGAAUCGACUGAGUGAAUAUUUCUGCAUGCUGUUGGAUUGCUUUACACUGGCUAACUCCUGGAGAGUGUGUGUAUUUGCACUUGUCUGUACAUGACUAAUAUCUGGAAGAGCUGGAGGGAGACGUGUUUUUCUGGAUGGUGCUGGUCUAAUUCCUGGAAGGGAGGCUCAUUGACUUAUGCUUUGAAACUGUGGGAUCGGACUAUUUCCUGAACACUAACCCCUGCUCUGUGCUUCCACAUGUGAUGUUUCAGAGAUCUGGCUAAUAUCUGGAGUCUUUUAUUGUAACAGUGCCUCACUGCCCUACAUUCACCUCUCUCUCUCACUCACUCACACACACACACACACACACACACACACACUGCGCCUGGAACCUGGUUAAUCUCUGGACCAGUGUGUCUGGCAUGUUCUGCUUCUGCCUGCAGAGUUCCCUGCAGAAGCUCCAGGCUCUGGAGGUGGAGGGGGGGACAUCGCUGGGUUCAUCCCCCGAGGAGAUCCCCCCUCCUCUAGGCAACAAGGAGCAGAAGAGCCCCCGUGGUCGGGCCGAGCUUGGAGGGAAGGAGGUGAAGACGCUGGCGCUCUGUCACGGCGUCCCUGCAGACGAGAACAGCCCGCCAGAGCUGCUGACGUUCCUGGCCAGACCGCCACAGUCACCGCGACACCCGCCGCUAACCGCUAUCCACCCCGGCCAGCAGCCCCUGACCCCCGACGUAGUGCCGCCGGCGAGCCCUCAACACUCCCCCUACUCUCCUCAGAGGAGCAGCCCCGGAGGUGAAGGAGGACACGGCUCAGAUGGAGGUGGAGCUCUCCUCCAGCUGCUGGCGGGAGGCGCCAGCCCCUUGCCCUCCCCCCGCUGCUCCAGCCCGUGUCAGAGGUUCAACUCGGACCCAGACUCCGCCCCGUCGCCACCGUGCAGCCAGCAGUACAUCCUGUGUCGGGGUUGGGGCGACAGGACGCAGGACUCGGAGGGCGAGCGUCCCUCGUCCGUGCCCUUCCUCACCAGACACAUCCAGACCCUGAAGAAGAAGGUCCGCAGGUUUGAGGACCAGUUCGAGCAGGAGAUGAACUACAAGCCUUCACACAACGACAAGUACUCGAACCCGGAGAUGAUCCGAGUGAUGGGCGAACUGGCCAAGGCUCGCAAGCAGCUCAAAGAGCUGAGACUCAGGCAGUCGGUGUUCGAGUCGAAGGAGCAGGAAAACGCAGACGUCUGCAGGUACGGCGCAGGGCAGCAGGGGGCGUCGGAGCACAAACCGGCUCUGGAGGAAACGGUGGAGUCUCUGUUCAGGCGGCUGAGAGAGAAGAGGCAGGCGCUGGGUCUCCCUGACAACAUGAAGGAGAUGACUCAGGCUCAGAUGGUGUUGGAGAAAAUCACUCUGCAGAAAUGUCUGCUGUACUUCGAGAGUCUGCACGGCCGGCCGGGAACGAAGCAGGAGAAGAACCUGGUGAAGCCUCUGUACGACCGAUACCAGAUGAUCAAACACUUGCUGUGUGCCAGCCCGACCAUCAGCACCAUCGAGGAAGAGGAUGGUUCUGAUGAAGACUGCGUGAGUUCGAUGGCCGUCGAUGAGCUUCCUGUCCCGCCGCCUCGCAGAUCGGCCCGACCAGCAGCCGGCGAGGAGGACAGCGACUGGGACAGCGACUCGGCCUUCGUGUCGCCGUUAGACGAGGUGAAAGCCGUCCGCCAGCAAGCUGCUCUCACCACAGCGAACCUGCACGAAGCCUCCAGGUCUCAGCUGCUGGACUGUCUGCGGGAGACCCGGGCCGAGAAGAAGGCGAGGCGGAAAGUCCUGAAGGAGUUCGAGGACGAGUUUUAUCGACAGACCGGGAGAAUCUGCCAAAAAGAGGACCGAACUCCAAUGAAGGAGGAGUACCAGGAGUACAAACAGCUGAAAGCCAAACUGCGCCUGCUGGAAGUCCUCCUCAGCAAACAGGAAGUCGCCAUGUGAGGAAAACCUGAGUUAAACAGAGCCAGCAUCACUUCUCCCAGUCUGGAGGGAAACUCGUGAAACUUCGGUUUCCUCACACGUUGAGCUUUUUCAUAUAAACUGAAUGUGCUCGAGUCCAAGUCAAAGCACUUUACUGUGACGAUAGUGGAGGACGUGUCAAAAGUUCAAAUGAAGCUAAAAAUGUCAAAGUUUGUGUUUGUUAACGAUGUGAAACAAACUCAGAAAAGCAAUAAGAUCAAAAAACAGCAGCUUGACGCUGAAAGACGGCAGAAACCUCCUGAAACGUGCUCAUUGGACACAAACCAGGAGGGCGGAGUUUAUCCGGCGUCACGAAACAAAACAGCUGUUUGUUUAAAGCGACCGCGUUCUUCUUCUUCAUGGUGUUUUGCAGAAAUUCCACCUGAAAUAUUUAAUAUAUAAAUGAUUUUAUUGAUAUUAGUGCUGAGCUCAGUGAAUUCAGCACUUCCUGUUGAAAUCAAAUAAUGGAAACGACGGAAAACGAGGUUAAGAUCUCGUCGGUAAAUCUUUCAGCGUGUCGCCGCGCCUGAUCACACGUUAGAGCUACAAACUGGAUGUUCGUCCAGAGGUGGAGGCUUCACAGGUAGACCCCACCAGGAGACCCGGAGUCGCUGCUGAACACCGACUUCUUUAAUCAUUCAGGUGUUUCUGUUUGUUCUGAUGAGUUUGAGCACUGAAGCUACCAAAACGUGUUCGGGUUAAGUUCACAGAGUUAACCACAGGUGGGGCGCGGCCACUCUGAAUCUUCUCAUUUCAUUGAUUUAUUUUGUUCUUUCAGUUUCGCUGAGAUCUGGUGUGUGUUGCCGUGGAGACUGAGGAAAUGAAGCAUAUGCGUCGCUUUAUCUGAAGCGGGGCGUUCAGGCGUCAGACUCGUGCCGGUGCAGAUGUAUUUAUGUCAGAGCACUUUAUGCUGAAAAAGGACAUUUAAUUUGUUUCAGGUUGCUGUUGUAGCGACGGGUGGAGUCUGUCGCGGUGCAGGCGAAGCUCCUGUAGAAAAGAGAGCCUGCAGGGCAAGUAGCUGAAAACUGCUGUGCUCUUUAAUGUCAGAAGAAAACCCACCGUGUGCGUUCGAGGAAACUGUCAGAACAACCGAGUGAAAAGCUUCCUGAUGUUUUGCACGUUACACUCUCAGCAUGUCGGCGGCGUUCCCGGGAUUCAAGGUCAGUAGACGGAGCAGAAUCCAGCCUUUUCCAAACACUUCUCCUGAAACGUGAGAUGUUCCGUGUUUCCCCGACGUCUCUGGUGAAUCGUGUUAAUGUUGUCGUUUGAAGCUUGAAGCCAGCUGAGGUUGAACCUCCCGCUCUGAACGCUGAGUGCACGCCCACGUUUGACACACACAGACUCUGCUGUGAUCAUGAACUCUGUCCCGUGUUGUGCAAUCCUGGAUGAAAAACAUCUAUACAGACAAAUACUGAAUAAAUAUUUUUGCUACCAA